UUUUACUAAGCGUACACGGCCGUAUAGUGGGGAGAACGGUAUCUACAGGCGAGCAGAAGUUAAGUGGUUUGCCAGAGAAUCCCGUAGUCUGUCAGUGAAAACAGUUAGGCGAGCGAGGUUCGCCAGUAUCGAGAAUAGCUUUCGUCCCGCCGGCCGUCGUUUCCGUCGUUUCGUGUGACCGUGCUUGAAUCGAGAAUUCUCGAGUAUCCGCCGCCUCCCGAAAAAAGAACCUCUGUCACGAAUAAAGAAACGCACUGGCCAAAGUCGAAGUCUCUCUUCUCCCGGCUGAGUCACAAUUCUGCAUCAACGGCGAAUCGCGUGGAAGAUUCGCGGCAAAAGGUUCCUGGAUUUGUACGGGGCUGGAUAAUUGCCUUGAUGAACUGCUAGAGGCUCGUGCGGAUCAAGAAGAAGUUUCGAAGCAUGACGAGCAUCAGGCAAAUUCUUCGCUGCGGUCGCAGACUCUGCCAGCUGCAGGAGAGUGGGGCGAAAAUGUUAAACCGGUCGGCGAAGUUCGCGUCAACCCAGGCGCAGCAGCAAAUCGUCGGGGAUGAAAACGGGAAGAAAAUAAAAAUUUUUCCGUCACCUUACGGCGACUCACCGCCGCUGCACAUGCUUGUCCAAGAUUACAUAUGGAGGCACAUCGACAAGCAUCAUAAUCAACCGGCACUGGUGUGCGCGGUGACCGGAAGGAAGUACACGUACAGCGAGACGAGGGACGCGUCUAAUUAUAUCGCGAGAAGUUUGAUAAAUAUGGGUCUGAGGAAGGGCGACGUUGUGGCCCUGGUGGCGCCAAAUUAUCCAGAAUCGAUCCUAGGUUUCCUCGGGAUCUUGGAGGCUAAUCUAGUGGUCACUACGGUGAAUCCUUUCUACACACGCGAUGAAAUUGCGAGGCAACUGGAGAGUUCCGGGGCGAAGGCGAUCAUUACAGUGGCAGAAAUUGCACGGACCACACUCGAAGCCUCGAGAGGCACUCUCGCACCUGGAGCACCCUUCGUGGUUAUCGAGGAUGGUACUGGACCAAUUCCAGAGGACAGCGUGCCGUUUAAGGAUCUCAUCACACGUGGAAAAUCGUUGCCACCUUUGAGCGAGGCGCAAAUUUCACCGGACGAUUUGGCCGUUUUACCUUAUUCCAGCGGAACGACAGGUUUGCCUAAGGGUGUUAUGUUGACGCACAAAAAUCUGGUCUCCAAUAUGGAGAUGGUUGAUCGAACUGCUAACAAGGAAAUGUGGCAGCAAGCGACGACUGAUUCUCAGGAGAUCAUACCGUUGAUCUUGCCAUUCUUCCACAUUUUUGGCAUGAACGGUAUGGUUCUGCCGCGUCUCGAGGCUGGUACGCAAAUAAUCACGGUGCCGAAAUUCACGCCAGAGGUAUUCAUCGGCGUUCUGGCGAACCACAAGUCAUCAGGUCUGUUCCUAGUACCGCCGAUACUCUUAUUCUUGAACGCAUCUCCGUUCGUGAAGAGGGAGUAUUUGGAGUCCAUGCACCACUUCAUAUGUGGCGCCGCUCCUUUGGCACAGUCGGACGUGGAAAGAUUCUACCAGAAGUUCCAAAUGGACUCUAGCACUUUGAAAUUCUGUCAAGGAUACGGAUUGACAGAGGCGUCGCCGGUCGUUUGCCUGGACAAGAUGGGAUUGCAACCAGGAAGUAUCGGACAAAAUGUCGCCGGAUGCGAUAUACGAUUAGUCGAUCCAGUUACCAAGGAAGAUGUUUCUAGCCCUGGUCAAACCGGUGAAAUCUGGGUCAGGGGGCCUCACAUUAUGAAAGGGUACUUGAACAACGAGAGUGCCACUAGGGAGAUGAUGGUCGAGAACGGCUGGCUGAAAACCGGGGAUAUCGCUUACUAUAACGAUGAGUUCUAUUUCUUUGUCACGGAUAGAUUGAAAGAGUUAAUCAAAGUUAAAGGAUUCCAGGUGGCACCAGCUGAGUUAGAAUCGUGUCUAAGAAUGCAUCCAGACGUUGUGGAGGCUGCUGUGAUUGGUAUUCCAGACGAGAGGUCCGGCGAAGUACCGAAGGCUUUCAUAGUGCUGAAAAAAGGCGGGAAAGCGAGCGAGGAGGAUAUUAAGAACUUCGUGAAGGGCAAAGUGUCCGACUAUAAAGAGCUGCAAGGUGGUGUCACGUUCGUAGACAACAUACCGAAGAACCCGAGCGGCAAGAUCAUGCGAACGCAACUGAAGAAUCAGUACAAAUAACGAAGUUUCGUGCUUCAGGAAGAAAAACAAAGAGGAAAAAAACGGGAAUCUAAACGCGAGAUCUCGAUUAACAGUUCACACGAUGAUUAACGGGAUCGAUCUUUGAUUAAGAGAGCACGAGUCACGGUCACUCAGAGUCGUUCCUGGUGGAAAAAUAAAAUCGAUCCGUCGCGACGCGAACCGUGUUGACUGUUACUCGAGAGAGAAACGGAAGGGGACGAGUGUGAAGCAAACGCUAAUUGGCUAACGACCACGCGUGCAAAUCGUUUUGUUUUUUUCACGAUAUCACAAGGCUCUGGUGCUGUUUUGACUAACGACCGAUCGAAGAUCGAAUGGGUGCUUUGCUUACUUUAAGAGAACGAAAGAAACAACGGAUACUUAUCGAAAGGGAAAGCAUAGGGUAACGUAGAGUUGCGUAUGAACGUGGCGGCGAAAGGAGAAGAAGACGAAGAAGAACGUCGACGUAUACGUACUUUUGUUUUUUGUUUUUUCUUCUUCUCUCCUCUUCGAGUAUCAUUCGAUAUACUUCUUAUCGUGUUUAAUCGUGGUUAAUAUCUGUGACAAUGCAAUUAUUCUAAUUUUUAAGAUACGUAUUCUACGUAUUGGAGUUUAAC